UGAUAUAAUAUCUAAGUUCGAACUCGUAAUAACCUAUUAUUGAGAUAAACUCGAAUUAAAUCAAAACUCAACUAACCAAUUGAUUUUGAAGUACUAGUGCGGUCAGCUCGCUUUCUUCUCUCCCACUCGUUGUCCUCCAUCUCUGUCUUCUCACUCUUCCUUUUCUCUCACAUUCUCUCUGAUUGCACUCCGGGAUAAACCGUAAAACCGACUAAAAAAAGGAAAACAAAGGUGGGGAAAAGGAGGAAAUAAGUGUGUGAGAAAAAAAAAAUUAAAAGCGAAACCAUUUCUACAAGUUCCCAAAAGGAACGAAGGGGCAAAGAAGAAGAAGAAAAAAGAGCCCUUUUUCCCCCAAUAUCUUCUUCACUCGGUGUUCGGCUAAGGGCUUGAAGCUUUUUAAUCGUCCUUUGCUCUUAUGCUAAGUGCGUCCCUGUAGAAGUAAAAUCUGGGGGGAGGAGGAGAAGAAACAACCCCAAUUCAAGAGAAAAGGGGCUUCGGGCUGCUGGGAGCUGUUGCUGCUUUUGCUUGCUGAAUGGUAGGUUAUUUCAGGAAAUUUAGCAAGGAGAUGAACAAAGAGAAGCCUCCUGAGCCGCUCGAUUUCUUCAUUUGGACUGUCGAGGUAAUUAAUCAAACUCUGACCUUAAAUUGGAUCUUAUAGAUGCUGGAUCUUGUUUGUCCAUGGGAUUUCUGAUUGCUCUUCAAAUUUGAUGUGUAAAGUUCCCAUUUUUUAUGGUUUUAUUUAUUCCGAUUGGCUGGGGGUGGCGGAGGGUCAUUUCCCCUUUUCCUGAAUCGGGUUCUUCAUUUCCUGGAAAAAUUUAAAGCCUGGUGGUUGGUCUUCCAUUUUCUCUUCUGUAACCAAUUGGUCAAGUUGGAAAGCUGGGCUUGUUGUUUGGCUGCUUCCUGGCUUCGAAUUUGAGGCAGAGAGUGUAGUCAGAAAAGAGACUUUGUGCAUUCCCUCAAUGAUUUAGGAAGGUCUUUGUCUAUAAGCUACCCAACCAAACUCCUACUUGAUUUCUGGUCAGUUUGGCCUGCUUAAAGUUCGUUUAGCAGUGACUAACUCCAUUCAUAUUGAGGUUUGAUUGCGUAGACUGUAUUGAUUAGUGUAUGAAAUGAACUGAACAGAAUGAAAGUGUGGUGUCACCCGUUCAAUUUGUCUGUUAGGUUAUGUAGAUUUGUAGAGAGACUUAGUUGCAUUGUUUCGCUACCUAGCACAAUGAAUAUACUAAGGGUGUUCUUUUGCUGAGUCCUCUAUAUGUUGUCAUUCGUUUCAGUUGUUGCUACUUGUUAUGGCUUUUGGUGUUCCUAUUCUUUUAUAGAAGAUUUAGGUACUUCAUCCAGUUUCUCUCCUUGGACAUUCAACUGUUACUUGUAAUGGACGCCUGUUGAUUAGCAGUUUUCUUGACAUAGAUGAAAAGUUCUACGGCGUAGUUUUAUUCAAAUGUGUAUUUUUUUUUCCUGGAUGAUUCUCAGUGAUUCGUUCCACUCUUAUGAAUUGGAAUAUAUUGAUAGGUUUCCACUGCAUAAUAGUUGGACUGGGUUCCACUCAAAUGGGCUUCAGACAUCUUGAAAAAAAAAUGUAUAAGCUUCUGAGUUGCUUCUUGAAGCUUUACUCAUUCGUAGUAAAGCAGGGAACAGGUAGAGCAAGGUAGCACCCGUUCUUUUUAGGAAUUUUAUGCUUGUGUAAUGGUUCGCCUUAGUGGGUGACGUGCACUUAAUUGCUGAUUACAUUUUGAAGACAAUACCAAUAGAGGAGGUUGGACAUUUCGCCCUAGGGCAGGAUAGGGCGUUAAGCUUUUUCAAUUCAGUUGAAGCGAAUGAUUAAAAAAAUAUCAAAUUUACCUCAAGCUGUGGUAACUUCUAGAUUGUAUCUCCUUUUUUGGACCUUGGCAGGUGAGCCAUGAGUGAGUUACUUACCAGUGGUGAACUUAAAGGACUUGCUUUCAAGUGAUUGAAAACAUGAAAUUUGUUGUUGAUUCAUUUAGAUCUAAGAAUCAAUUCCCAACGUCAUGCAGUACAACUUGACUGUUUACCAACUAGCAAUGUGGUGUGAUCCAUUGAUGAUGCUUUAGCUUUCAGCUUCAGUAUAUUCUUAUAUGUUUUCAAAGACUAACCUUUGUUGCCCAUCUAUUUAUGGCUCAUGCUAGGAUGUUGGUUUGUGGCUGGAAGAGAUAAAUCUGGGUAGCUACCGUCAGAUUUUCAAAGAAAAUGGUGUCAAUGGAGAAUAUCUAGAAGGCAUGUCCAUGUUCACAACAGAACAGAUACUAAGGUUUAUAAGGCGGUGCCACAUGAAAUGGGGUGACUUCAUAACGCUGUGUAAGGAGCUCAGAAGAAUAAAAGGUUCAGAUCCCCUUCCCUCCUUUGCUUUAUUCAUCUCUCUCUUUCUUCUUCUUCUUCUUCUUCUUCUUCUUCUUCACUUCAGCAUUGGAUCAAUGCAUUUUUGGGUAGUCUUGGUUGUAAAGACCGCCCAAGGAUCUGAUGAUCUUAGUCUGUCGAGUUGAAAGUUGAGAGAGCUCCCAUUUUGUAAGCUCGUGCUUACUGUAACUUGUUCUAGAAUAUUGGGGGUUUCCCGGGUCAAUGAUAACAGAUGUACGUUACAAGUCUUUCCAUGCUUUAUCAUCUGAGAAUUUCCCUGCUAUAUCAUCUGAUUCUCAUGGCCAUCUCUAGUUUCUCAUCUGAAGCUUUUGCUGCAGUGGCCUGCCUCAAAGGAGAGCAGAAAGUCCGGCGGCCAUGGUGGGUUCCAUCCUGCCUUUCAGUAGUGCUUGUGAACGUAGCAAAGCGGAACAGACAAUCACGGGUUGUUUCCUUGAAGCUGGAACCAUGAAUGAUGAUGGAUGGCAGGCAAGCAGGAAUCCAUAAAAUGGGAUUCAUGAUGUAUGUAUUUUGUAGUAGUUUCUUCUUAAGUCGUCUUUUGGUUUUUUCUCCCUUUUAGGCGGUAGAAGGAAGUAGAGAACUCUCCCAAAACUUUUGGCUUUGGUAUUUGGCAAGAUGUUUGCUGAAAGUUCUUCCAUGGAGAACUUUUGUUUACUUAUAUAUGUACACAAAUACAACCACCCCUUGUCUCUCUUGUUCUGUUGUCCUUGUUGUAAUUUGCUCUUUUGGCUUUUUGAUAUGUAGUUGUAUCUUAAUAUACAUAAAUUUCUAUGUAUUUUGUUUUUGUUUAAGCAAAAUAUACAGUGUACUUGUAAUCUUUCAGUGGCAUCUGUGAAUUAUCUGUUUAAGCAAUACGUGCAGUUUACUUUCUUCUUACGUGCAACUUUUGGGUAAAGACUGAGAGAGUGAACCAAGGAGGAAGGGAAAGAACAGGCACAGCUGCGGAUGAGAAUUUUGAAGUCUUCCAUCAUCAUAGCUUUUUUGGAUUCUAUAAGACCUCUUUAAUUCCGAGCCGAACAAAUGGUUGACUUAUGUAUCUUCUGUUCUCUUUUCUCAGCCAAGAGAAUGGAGUUGAUUAAGCUAUUACUUGAGGUGGUUGAUGCGUUUCACACUCAUUUAAGAAUUAAGAGUGUUUUCAGGUUUAAAUUCAAUGGUCUUUUCCCUUCUGAUUAUUGAUAAAGAUCCGGAUUUUUCUUCCUCAUGAUAUGUUGUGGUCUAUCUCGAGUGAUCAUUGAAUGGUAGGUAUUAACUAUUAAGCAUAAUUGAAACAAGGUGAUGAAUGAUUCUCAAUUUUUUGUUUCAAUUUCACAAAUCAAUUUAUUCCUCAAGCAUAACUAACUUGAUUUUUGACGAUUUAUUAUGUAAUCAAAUUUAAUCUUUAAU